AUGAGCUUGUGCGGUCGGCUGGUUGUCAGCAACCCUGAACUAGAUGGCGAGUUAAAAUUGGCUUUGUGUAGGGUGACUGUUGGUCUCAGCGGUGCCUCCAUCCGCACGGAGAACUACAACCGCUGUGCGUCCAUCCUUGGCACCACUGCCAUUGACUCGUUUGCCGCCCACCCCAGAGCCAAGUGGCUCUGCCAAAAUGGCAGCGUCAAAAACAGCUUCCACUGGCAACCCAUUGCCGUGGCAAUCGCCCUGGUCGUGCGCUUCGCGGCAUUUGUGGCCGUGCCUUACCCGCUGUCCAAGAAGUCCCCUUUUUUUGCCCACUCGGCAACCUGGAGGAGGUGCAUGGCCGUCCUCUCUCUCUCCGCCACGUUCCUCUUCCUCUAUCUCCUCAACUCCUUGGCUUCCGAAACUCUCGACCACUACAAAUGUUUGACCCUACUCGCCACCCCUGACACCAAGGUCAGCUACCGGAUGGGUUCAGCUGUCGUAUACGACGAUUCGAUGUUGGACCAUUACCUCCCGUACAUCCACUUCGGGGUUCUGCUUUUCUGGGACCUCAUCAACACCAUUCUUCAACUCCUAUAA